AUGGCGGCGGUCUCAAUGUCAGUGGCGCUGAGGCAAGCGUUGUGGGGGAGAAGGGUAGCGACUGUAGCUGCCGUUUCCGUUUCCAAGGUUUCGACCAGGUCGUUGAGCACUUCCACAUGGAGGCUGGCACAGGACCAAACUCGAGACACGCAACUCAUAACAGUUGAUGAAAAAUUGGAUAUUACUACUUUAACUGGUGUUCCCGAAGAGCAUAUCAAAACUAGAAAAGCUAGGAUCUUUGUUCCUGCUCGCAAUAACAUGCAGUCUGGAGUAAACAACACAAAGAAAUGGAAGAUGGAGUUUAAUACCAGAGAGAGAUGGGAAAAUCCUUUGAUGGGUUGGGCAUCAACGGCUGAUCCCUUAUCCAACCUGGUUCUGACUUUCAGUACUAAAGAAGAUGCAAUUGCCUUUGCAGAAAAAAAUGGAUGGAGCUAUGACGUUGAGGAGAGAAAGGUUCCGAAACCUAAGUCCAAGUCUUAUGGCGCAAACUUUUCUUGGAAUAAAAGAACAAGAGUAUCCACAAAAUAG